AUCAUGUCAUCCUUUCAAGAAGUUCCAUCUUCAGUUAACACUUUGCAGACUUCCAAUUUUGCACAUGUGAUUUUUCAAAAUGUGGCAAAAAGUUACCUUCCGAACACACACCUUGAAUGUCACUACACUCUGACCCAGUUUAUCCAUCCUCAUCAGAAAGACUGGGUUGGUAUUUUUAAGGUUGGUUGGAAUACUGCAAGAGAUUAUUACACAUUUCUUUGGUCACCUAUGCCAGAAAAUUAUGUGGAAGGAUCAACUGUUAACUGUGUGCUGACUUUUCAAGGAUAUUAUCUACCAAAUGAUGAUGGAGAAUUUUACCAGUUCUGUUACGUGACCCAUAAAGGAGAAAUCCGUGGAGCAAGCACACCUUUCCAGUUUCGUACCUCUUCCCCUGUUGAAGAAUUGUUGACUAUGGAAGAUGAAGGAAACUCUGAUAUGUUAGUGGUGACCACAAAAGCUGGACUUCUUGAGUUUAAAAUUGAAAAAAUAAUAAAAGAAAAGGAAGAGCUAUUAAAGGUAACUUCUGUUCUGGAAAAGGAAACAGCACAACUCAGAGAUCAAGUUGAAAGACUGGAAAAAGAACUUAACCAUGAAAAGCAGAGAUAUGACCAACUGCAAACAGAGCAAAAGAAUAAUAUUCAAGCAUCAGAAACUCUUAAAACUGAAAUUGAUGAUAUGAAAAAGAAGCAUGAUGAGGCUGCUUCAAAAGUUCUCCAGCUUGAGGAAGAUAUCAUGACUGUUACUCAAAAAGCCAUUGCAAAAGAAACUGAGUUAGACAGUCUGAAGCACAAACUGAAGAAAGUGAUGCUUGAGAAGGAGCAACUUGAAUGUGUGUUGAAGACAGAAAAGGAUGAAAAAGAACUUUAUAAGAUACACUUGAAGAAUAUAGAAAUAGAAAACACCAAACUAGUAAGAGAAAUCCAGACGUUUAAGAAUUUGGAUGCAAACAAAGAAAGCAUGAUAUUGCAUUAUAAAGAGGAGGUUGGCAAAAUACAGCUAAUUAUAGCUGAAAGAGAAAAUAUGAAGAAAGCUUUUUUGCUCUCCUCAUCAAACAAGGAGGAUGCAAGUAUUUUAAAAGAACAGCUUCGGAAAGCCGAAGAUCAAAUUCAGGCUAGCAAACAAGAAGCUGUCCUAAUGUCAAAAGAACUGAGCGAUGCAGUAAACGUGCGAGAUAAGACGAUGGCAGAUCUUCACAGUGCACGCCUGGAAAAUGAAAAAUGCAAAAAGCAGCUUGCUGAUGCUUUAGCUGAACUUAAAAAAAUCACAGCUCUGAAAAAUGAUCAGGAAACUUCAAACACAGUGGAGCAGGAACUGCGCAGAGAAGUUGAAGAUCUGAAGCUUCGUCUGCAAAUGGCUGCUGAUCAUUACAAGGAAAAAUUCAAGGAAUGUCAAAAACUUCAAAAACAAGUAAACAAGUUUACAGAACAGGCAAAAAUUGCAGGGCAUCAACAGAAACAGAAAAAUGCAUCUAACGUUGAGACAGCUACUGCCGUCGUUACAGAAAAAAGGUUUUCUGCAUCUCCAGUUAGCCCUAUUUCAUCUGACAUAGUUUCGGAAUUCGUCGUAAAGGAGCAAAUACGUGAAAUGAAUAAAGAAAUUGCUGAGAAAACAGAGAAGUAUAAGAAAUGCAAGCAAAUGUUGGCAGAGGAGAAGAUGAAAUGCAGUGUUUAUGCUGAUGAGCUAGCUAAACUUGAGCUGAAGUGGAAAGAACAAGUGAAAAUCAAUGAGGGUAUAAAAUUACAGCUGGCAGCAAUGGAGGAUCAGUAUAAAGUUCAGCUGGCAGAAAAAGAGAGACGAAUAAAGGAACUGGCAUCACAGUUGGAACUCUUUACCAGUGAGAAGGAACUUGGUAGGACACCAGGAAAUCAAGUUGGAAGGAUGAUGGAAGGACAGAUUUCACAGCAGACAUUACAUUUUCGCAACCCAUAUUCGGAGGAAAAUGGACCAGUUCCUGCAGUGCCAAGCAGACUGCCAGUAUUGCAAUAUGGAAACCCUUACGCAAUUCAGGAGAGAAGAGACGGAGCAGAUGGUGCUUUCAAUCCUGAUGAGAUCCAAAGGCCACCUGUUAGAACUUCCUUUUGGGAGCUAGAAGACGAUGUAGUGUGUAGUCAGCCUUCACGCAAUCUUAGUCGGCCUGAUGGUUUAGAAGAUCCUGAGGAUAGCAACGAUGAUGACAACAGUGCACCUUCUGCUCCUGAUCCCCCAAGUCUUCUCGUGCAUGAACGGGGAACGGGUUUCUGCUUUGAUUCCAGCUUUCACGUCCACAAGAAGUGCCCUCUCUGUGAUGUGAUGUUUCCACCCAACUACGACCAGAGCAAGUUCGAGGAACACGUGGAGAGCCACUGGAAGGUGUGCCCCAUGUGCAGCGAGCAGUUCCCACCUGACUACGACCAGCAGGGCUUCGAGCGGCACGUCCAGACGCACUUCGAUCAGAACGUACUGAAUUUCGACUAAAUACUCGUGUUUUGCAGUGUAGCUUUAACACCCCCCACCCCCCCCGCCCCGAGUAGUCCAUCUAUGGAGCAAAACCAGUGCAGCUUUUCUGUAACAGGGCAAACGUCUGAGUCAAAGCAGAUAGAUAGAUACACUCUAAGGGGAG